GGCGAUUACUCGGCGAUUUAUUCCUUCUGUUCUACUCACCUCCAUGUAUUUAAAAGCUCCACACUCGUCGUCCUUCCCAGUUAGUAUUUCGUUUCUGUAUUGAGCUUCGAGUCGCCAUGGGUUUGAAGGAGGAGUUUGAGGAGUAUGCUGAGAAGGCAAAGACCUUGCCGGAGAACACAAGCAAUGAAAACAAACUCAUUCUCUAUGGACUAUACAAGCAGGCCACUGUUGGACCCGUGAACACUAGCCGACCUGGAGUGUUCAACCAGAGAGACAGAGCCAAAUGGGAUGCCUGGAAGGCUGUUGAAGCAAAAUCCAAGGAUGAUGCAAUGAGCGACUACAUCACGAAGGUGAAACAGUUACAAGAGGCAGCUGCUGCUAACUGAUAAGUUUCUCUGAUUAUCUGUAUGAACAAUGAUGUUGAAAUAAUCCUUGUUUUAAGUUCAGUACUUUUAUCAUAUUUAUCUAAAUUGUGUAACAAUGAACUAUGUGCAAGUAUUAUUACUAUUGGAUUUCGCUAAUGAAUCUUCAACCUUUUAACCAAAUUA